AUGCUUGCCUCUUCCGUACUCCUCGCCACUUUGGCGGCCGGCCUCGUGUCUGCCGGACCAACACCCCGCCAAGCCUCCGGAUUCCCCUCGGCGAGCGGGACGCAAUUCACAAUCGACGGCGAGACCAAAUACUUUGCGGGCAGCAACUCGUACUGGAUCUCGUUCCUCACCAACGACGCUGACGUGGAUCUCGUCAUGAACAACUUUGCCAGCUCGGGGCUCAAAAUCUUCCGCAUCUGGGGCUUCAACGACGUCAACGCCGAGUCGGGCGGGGUAUGGUACCAGCUGCUGUCGGCGUCGGGCUCGCGCAUCAACACGGGCGCCAACGGCCUGCAGAGGCUCGACGCCGUCGUGGCGGCGGCGGAGAAGCACGGGGUCAAGCUCAUCAUCAACUUUGUCAACUACUGGGACGACUACGGCGGCAUGAACGCGUACGUCAAGGCGUUUGGCGGGGAUAAAGCCGGGUGGUACACCAACGAGAAGGCGCAGGCGCAGUACCGGGCGUACAUCGAGGCCGUGGUGGGCCGGUACAAGGACUCAAGUGCCGUGUUCGCGUGGGAGCUGGCCAACGAGCCGCGGUGCCAGGGCUGCGAGACGGGCGUCAUCUACGACUGGGCCAAGGCGACGUCGGCGUUUGUCAAGUCGCUGGACCCGAACCACAUGGUUACGCUGGGCGAUGAGGGAUUCGGGAUUGCGGGGAACUUGGAGAUUGAGACGCUGGAUUUCGGUACUUUUCACAUGUACCCCGAGUCUUGGAGCGUGGACUCGACCAACUUCCCGAUCGACUGGAUCAAGGCCCACGGAGCCGCCUGCGUUGCUGCGGGCAAGCCGUGCCUUUUCGAAGAGUAUGGCAUGACGACGGACCAUUGCGGCAUCGAGGCGCCCUGGCAGGCGGCGGCUCGCGCGACCGAGGGCGUCGCGGCAGACCAGUUCUGGCAGUGGGGUGACCAGUUGAGCACCGGGCAGACGCACAAUGACGGACACACGAUUUACUUUGGCAGCGCUGACUUCAAGUGCCUUGUGACGGACCACGUUGCCGCGAUCGAGAGCGGAAACUAA